UCUAGUGGGUCUUUUUUCAAACGGUUUUUUUUGUUGGAUUUCUAGACAUCUCCUGCACACUUUAACGAGAGCUUUUGACGAAAUUUUGUUUUUUUAAUUUUCAGGUACUUUUAAUUCGAAAAUUCCGAUCAUGAUUUUCAUUUUUUUGAAAAAAUACUGUCAAAAAUUGAGUUUUUAAAAUUUUAAAAAACCCUCUCGUUAAAUUGUGACUGAGAACAUUAGACAUCCAACAAAAAAACUGAUUGAAAAAAGAUCCACUAGAACCUGAGAAAAAGGUACAUAAAGUUGACAAAAUUAACAUUGCGCAGCAUAGGAUGUCCGACUCCCCUUAAAGGCGGCCCUAUUUGAAGCACACAGUGACAAAAGAGACUCUUUCACCUUAACUCACGAGUUCACAAAAAUGAGGCAACAACCCUCUGAAAAUGCAUUUGAAUUCCUCCACCCUAUUCAACAAAAUAUUUGCUUGCAACACGACAUCGAGACCCACGAAGUAGUUCCCCACGCACACUGCGAUGCUUUGAAGACAUACCAAAAUCUCCUCGGAUUAAAAACUCUCUUAAGAGGUUUAAAGACACCCCUCGACCAAAUAAUGAAGAUAAAAAAUCCAGUAUCGCUAAACGACGCUCUCAACGUACUGACAAACGAAUUCCAGCAAGAAGCUAGCAACCGAGCCCCGUAUUUUGGCAACACACAAACAACACCAAUAUCUAAACUCACAACCCGACUUGUCGCAGUGAGACCCAACAACAAUAGGAAUGGACCACAAAACGGAUCCUGUCAGCGGAAUCCCAACUUCCCUAACAACAAUUUUAACAACGGGAAUAAUAACGGCGGUUCGUUUGCCAACAACAACCGAAACAAUAACGGUGGCUCAUUUGUUAACAGAAAUACCGCAAACAGUCCAAACCCCCAAAAUCGUCAAAAUUUCAAUGCUCAAAAUUCCUCCAACAACCGAUUUACCUCAAACCCUCAAAAUCGCGCUCAACCCCACACGCUUCACAAAGCAGAGAUUCAAAAACAAAUCCAAUCUAUGUUAGACCAGGGCAUCAUCAGACCAUCCUAUUCGCCGUGGAGCUCCCCACUUUGGGUAGUCCCCAAAAAGCUCGAUGCUUCCGGAAAACCUAAAUGGCGAGUAGUCAUUGACUACCGUAAACUAAAUGCAAAAACCGUAGGUGAUAAAUAUCCCCUGCCAAAUAUAGGAGACCUUUUGGAUAAAAUAGGCAGGUGUAAUUACUUCACCACCCUAGACCUCGCCUCCGGGUUUCACCAAAUUGAAAAGGGACCCUGACUCCAUCGCCAAAACGGCCUUCUCCACCGAAAAUGGCCAUUACGAGUACGUACGGAUGCCAUUCGGGCUAAUCAACGCUCCUUCCACGUUCCAAAGAGCCAUGGACCACAUUUUGCGUGGCCUACAAAACUGGUUUUGCUUAGUUAAUAUGGACGACAUCAUCAUAUUUAGCACCUCGCUCCAAGAACAUCAACAACACCUACGACAAGUAUUCGACUGCUUACGCAAAUUCAAUCUAAAAAUCCAAUUGGACAAAUCGGAAUUUUUGCGUAAAGAAGUCGAAUACCUAGGACACGUCGUCACUACCGAGGGAGUCAAACCUAACCCAAAAAAGGUUCACGCAAUCAAAAACUACCCCAUACCCGAUACAGUCUCCAAAAUCAAAGGCUUUCUUGGUUUAAUCAGAUAUUAUAGAAAGUUCAUUGCCACUUUCGCCCAGCUUACUAAACCAUUGACCGUGUGUUUGAAAAAAGGGGCCCAAAUAAACAUAAAUGACCCAGCGUUUAUUAAUUGCUUCAAUACUUGUAAAGAAAUCCUGUCUAAUGACCCAAUACUCCAAUAUCCAGAUUUCAAUAAGCCCUUAUUCUCACCACCGAUGCAAGUAACGUGGCCAUAGGUUCCAUACAAUCACAAGGGAAAAUAGGCCAAGAUCUCCCAAUUGCUUGUGCCUCUCGAACACUUAAUGAUGCCGAACAAAGGUACAGUACUAUUGAAAAAGAACUGCUUUCUAUAGUAUGGUCAGUUAAGCACUUUCGACCAUACCUAUUCGGCAAUAGGUUUUUGAUAGUCACUGACCACCGACCUUUGGAAUAGUUAUUCAAUCUAAAAGAGCCGAAUAUCAAAUUAGUCCGCUGGAGACUUAAACUUGACUUAAAGGGUGUGAAGCAAGUUAGUUCUGCAACUAGUGGAGAGAGGGGGACAUUAAUGACAACAUCAUUAACUUUAUAAAUCCUACUAAAAGUGAACUGGAAAAACAGAAGACUCGCAUUUCACUUCGAAGAAGUGAAGAUUUACUAUACAAUAAAGAACAGCUUCAAAAAAAUCAUCCUCUGUGGGGAGCCUAUAUUAAACCUGUUGAAACCUAAAAAUAAAACAAUUUGUAAAGAAUUGACCGCUGAGAACACGGUGCCUUGCCAACACUGCAAUGGUUUAUAUCAAGUAGAAACUUUUUAUCGUCACGUAAAAAGAUGCAAACUAAAUUAUUCAAAACAUAUUUAUUCCCAACUGAAGAAAGUUAAUAGGCAUCUACCAUCUAUUAGAAGAGAGGAGAGAUAUUCUCUCUGACGAAGUAAAUGAGUUCUCAACAUCUGGCAGUGGAGGAAGUGAUAAGCUGAAAAAUAUUGUUCAUCCAAUUUUCCUUCAUGGCAAGAUAGCCCUCGUAGUUAAGAAUGACAAGCACAGGGCUAAGACACAAUAUCGCCACAAUAUGUUCAGUAAACAAAUUUUCUCGUUUACAAGAUCCAGCCGAUUCUUUGGUGCACGCCAAUGACAUACACAGAAUGAAGUACUGCAAUGGAAGAAAAGAAAUUCAGGGAGUAAUAGGUGAGUAUUUGCUAUCUGCUGUUGAG